AUGCAGCAGAAUAUGAUUGCCAGAGACCAAACGUCUGCUGGACGCGGGUCGUACGAGCUCAAUGACAAGCAUUCUGGUGCCAGGUACGGAUCGGAGCCAACAAUUCCCCUGACUUUGAUUAUCGACCGUGGAUCGUCCAACGCAGGAUCUCUAAACCUUGCUGCGGAUCCAAAGUCGAUCAGUUUCAAGAUCCCCUGCUCGUUCACCACGCAGUUGUCCAGUUUCAGGUCGCGAUGA